CUGAGAGUCGUGUCUGGCGGGAAUUGCAGAGGGCGGGCCUGUAGGGCAAGACAAGGCUUUCUAGUAACAUUAGCUCAUUAACAUUAAUAGAAAGGGUGUAGGGAGUGUGUCAGUCACUGGCUGUCAAACUCGCACCCCCCCAGCUCUUGGAAUGUACUAGUCCUGGCACCUUGCGCUUGGGAGAAAUGGAACAGGCUGACAAACAGGCAUUGCUGGAGCCCGGGGUCUGAUUUAGGGGUGUUGCAUCAGCGGAGUUAAAUACUUCUGAGAAGAUGGAUGUCUCUGUGCUAUAAGAACCUAAAGUGGGACACUGUUAAAAUAAAGGUUCCAGUGCUGAACAUUGUGUGUUUGGCCAGAAAAUGCCUGGAGACUCUUGACCCAAUAUGUCAGCCACGGCUGUCGAUGGCUCUGAUGUUUCACUUGAUGGGGAUUCCUUCCACUCAGUGGAUACAGUGCUGCUGGAUUCCUCUAGCUCAGCUAAACUGCAGAUAAAAGAAGAGCAGUCGGAAAGUUCCUCCCUCCCAAAUGAGAAUGAAGUGCUGGGAACCGACGGAGAGGGCUCCUGUCAGAGCGCUGCAGAGGAACCAGAGCGGAAAAGGAAAAAGGGUCCUGCCCCAAAGAUGCUGGGGAAUGAAGUUUGCAGUGUGUGUGGGGACAAGGCCUCGGGCUUCCAUUACAACGUGCUGAGCUGUGAGGGCUGCAAGGGCUUUUUCCGGCGCAGCGUCAUAAAGAGCGCCCAGUAUAAGUGCAAGAACAACGGCAAGUGCCAGAUGGACAUGUACAUGCGACGCAAGUGUCAGGAGUGCCGGCUUCGGAAGUGCAGGGAGGCAGGAAUGCGAGAGCAGUGUGUCCUUUCUGAAGAGCAGAUUCGCAGCAAGAAGUUCCGGAAACAACAAGAGGAAGAUGUAACUCGACCUUCAUCUGCCUUGGUCCCUCCAAGCCCUUGCAUGCUAUCCCAAGAAGUCGUUCAGCUCACACCUCCGCAAGAAAAAAUGAUUCAGCAACUGGUAUCUGCUCAACAGCAGUGCAACAAACGCUCUUUCAGUGAUCAGCCCAAAGUAACGCCAUGGCCACCUGGAAGUGACCCAAACAGCAGAGAAGCUCGACAGCAGAGAUUUGCUCACUUUACGGAGUUGGCGAUCAUUUCUGUGCAGGAGAUUGUUGAUUUUGCCAAACAAAUACCUGGCUUCCUAGAACUGUCACGUGAGGAUCAGAUCGCUCUACUGAAGGCAUCAACAAUAGAGAUUAUGCUGCUGGAAACAGCGAGGCGUUACAAUCAUGAGACAGAAUGUAUAACCUUUCUCAAGGAUUUCACAUACAGCAAAGAUGAUUUCCACAGAGCAGGGUUGCAGGUGGAGUUCAUCAACCCCAUUUUUGAGUUCUCUCGCGGCAUGAGGCAGAUGCAGCUUGACGACGCAGAGUACGCCCUUCUGAUCGCAAUCAACAUCUUCUCUGCCGACCGACCAAAUGUUCAGAAUCACCAGCUUGUAGAAAACCUGCAGCUGCCGUAUGUGGAAGCCUUGCACUCCUACACCCGUAUUAAACGACCUCAGGACCACCUGAUGUUUCCUCGCAUGUUGAUGAAGCUGGUCAGCCUGCGGACGCUUAGUAGUGUGCACUCAGAGCAGGUUUUUGCUCUCCGCCUUCAGGAUAAAAAACUGCCCCCAUUACUUUCUGAAAUCUGGGAUGUUCACGAGUAACGGAUAAACUGUUAAUGGAUCCCAAGAUGAGCUUGCUCGGCCAGGAAAGUAUCCGGUCAGCAGCCCAGUGGGGAUGUUGUAGGUCUUACACCAGUGAUAAAGAAGCAGAGAUUUCUAUGGAUGAUUUUUUCUCUUCAGCCGAUGACUGGAGCAGCUUCACAUUAACACUUGCGUGGCUGUGCUCUUUCCGGUCAGUAGGAUAAAACCCGUGAUAGGGUUAGACUAUUGGCUACAUUUCCAUCGUGCAGAAGGUUAACAUUACAGAAGUAGACAAGAGUUGGAUUCAUCCACCAUCAUCCCCAGUUGGUAUGUUCAAAGGCAUUGAUGAAUGACCAUAUUUCGUACAGAGUCCUGGCUACUGGAAGUGCAGUAGAAUCACCUUGGAUUUCUACCAACGAAUUUGGUUUCUUGUGGCAUGGACAAAAUCUGAUCAAGAUCGUCUUCUAGAACAGCUGCUGCUUCCGUCAUGUCUGCCUGGCGCCUUCCUUCAGCAGUGCUGUACAAUGGCCUUCAUGUGGCCUUGAUCGACUAAACACUAUUCAGGCUUUUGAUUCUCCGCUUCCCUGUUUCUUCUUUCUUCCCAGAUCUUGCACUUUGGUUUGUCCUUAAGAUGCCCUUAAAUUGUGGCCUCUCGCUCUCUUACUUUCAUUUCUAGAUGAAUAGAUUCUAUUUUAUUUGUAGUUUGGCACUUAAAGCAAGCGUUAGCAGAGGGUCUCUAAUUUGGUAAAGACAAUUAACAGAUA